AUGAAUCAGUACACCUUUGCCGUUCUUCUCACUCUAGGCUACGCCUCGAUCACGGUAAGGGUUAGCAAAAAAACCGAGUUUUUUACUCUUUCUCUUGGCAUAGUUUUCAAAAGCUGAUUGCUUGUUGAUUUGCACUGUGCAGAAAUUAAAAUUGGGGUUUUGCAUUGUAAAAGCCCUAUAGGAGGCAAAUACAUCUCUAACAAUAAAUUUUCAGUACGCCGCGAAAGAGCAGUUCACCACAGCACCACAAUGUAAGUGCAAAGACAUUGACGAAUGCUCCAAAGUGCUGAUGGAGAAGACGGCAAAGUGUAAAACGAGGUGAGAAAUUCUCCAAGACUUUUCUGGCUCUAUAAAAACAUGAUAGCGAAAAUUUUUUGUAGUAAUGAAUGCGAGCCUUACAUCAAGAAGAUUGGAAACGCAGCGAAGAUCCGACAAUGUCUGGACAAAGAGCAGAGGGAUAUGGAAAAGCUGGAGAAAUGUGUGGAAAGAAAGGCCGGCCCGGUCGGAUGCACGAACGAUGCUCAUCCCAAGAACUUGACCAUCCCGGUCAUGAAGGAGAUGACCGAGGCUGAAGUGAAGGCGGAAGUUUCUAAACUUCCGGAUGUAAGUUUUGGAGGCUUAUAGGUGGAGUUCACGAAUCAUUUUUUGGUCACAGUUGCAAGAAAAGACUGUUCUUUUUGAAAAUACUAACAGCUUUUAUCGCGGCGAUUCUUCUUGAUGCCAAAUCUACAAUAAUCUUAAUUUGAUCGUAUAUUUUUUGAACUAAGCUUUAAGGGUUUUAAUAGUUUUAAAUUCAAAUCUAAUCCUCAACGGACACCCCGAAUAAUCACUAUUCCACUUACAGCAACCAGGCCAAGCCCCUGCCGAGAUGGGUCAAUAUUUGUGGUGCGUUGACAGCUGUGCCAUGAAGGCCUUGGAGGGCGGUCAUCGUGGACGUAGAAACUCAGCCAACUGUGCUGUCAAACUUCGGUAAGACCGCCAACAUAUUGUCCAAUCUCUCAAUCGAAUUUCAGUUGCGCUCUUGCCCCACCAGACCAGAAGAUCCAAUCCGCCUUCGAGCAAUGCGAAAAGGAACUUCAUUUGUCAUCCGAGCAGCGAUUCAAGUCGUCUUGCGACUGUUUGAAGGGAGCUGGCGUCAAGAUUACUUGUCCUAAAUAA